AUGAUCAAACUAUUGCUGCUCUUUGCCAUUCUCUCAUCUAUUGAAACUCGACGGUUAGAAUUUGUUCAAGCACUUUGGAGGCAUGGAGAUCGGGCUCCACUCCAUCUACCGUAUCCCAAUGAUUUAUAUACCGAAAAGUCAUGGUCCAGAGGAUGGGGACAGUUGACAUCAGUUGGAAUGCAACAACUUCACGAGCUGGGAGAGUUUUUCAGACAUCAAUACGUAGACACAGGUUUCAUUCCAGCUAACUUUUCUGUGAAAGAGGUAUACCUCCGUUCAUCAGAUUCUGAUCGUGCUCUAGUCUCCGCGCAAGCAUUUCUUUACGGUUUGUAUCCUGCUGCUGGAGGCUAUCAAUGGAGCGCAGAUACUGAUUGGCAACCUCUUCCAGUACAUGCUUCAACUCCAGGACAACCUGAUCUGGUGUGCAAGCCAACUGCCAUCAAAUGCGCUCGUCAUGAAACGCUUGUUAAUCAAGGCGAUCAAGAAUCAAAAGCGAUUUACGAUGUGAAAUACGCCGAUUUCUUCAGCGAACUAUCCCAAACCACUGGAUUCAAAAACUGUUCUUAUCUAGAUAUCAACGGACUUUUUGAUGUUCAGAGGGAGCUGAUUCAUAACAUGACUGCCAAACAACCAGCCUGGGUGUCCCAAACUUGGAGUCAAUACAAUAACAGAUCAUCCAUGGACAUUAUAACAGAGAUGAGAACAACUCGAAUGAUGAAUUUGUUCAAUUCCGAGGAGAAAGGAAAACUUCAAGGAGGAUCAGUUCUCAAUAAUUGGAUUCAGAAUGCAGUGGCAGUUAGUGAGAGCAGAAAUGAUCAAAGGAUGUUAUUGUACUCUUCGCACGAUGGCGUUCUUCUGGCUCUUCUGAACGCGUUCCGAGCAUCAAAUGACAUGAUGGUGCCGUAUGCAGCUGCUCUAAUCAUGCAUGUAUACUCUGAUAAUGGAAAAUACUAUUCUGAACUCUACUACCGAAAUGACACAACUACUGAUCCAUAUCGAAUUCCCCUUUCUCGUUGUCCGGAUCCUUGUGAAGUUUCUCAAUUGGCAAUUGCAUUUGACAACAUGACCGUCUCAGAUCUUUCAGAAAUGAUGACUUUAUGCGGAACGCCUCUCAAAGAGUGUGGAUCAUCAUCUUCCAGUUUCAGUUUAAAAACUGGUUUCUAA